GAAUCCAGGACUCUCAUUCACAACUAUUCUAUUUGGUUCAGUCUGCAGCUUUUCUCUUCUUCUUCAAUCCUAUAUAAUCACGAGUACCAGAGUUUCGAAAAAGCACACAUAAUCAGUCAUACAUACGGUUCACGGAUUAUAACCACACCCAAAGUACUCGUAUCUACCUCCACUCUGUGUAAAGUUUUUGCUGUUUGAAAAUGGAGUCGGUUUCAAAUAGUGGUGAACAACCUGCUUCGUGGGAUGAACUAUACAACAUUGAUCUAAUGCCAUCAGAAUUGUUUCUCAAGUUUCGUAAAGAAGUUGAAGGGAUUCGUGUUGGACUCAAUUUAGAGUUUUAUAACGCUCCGAGCAAUGAAAUCCAGGCAAAAUUUGUACUAAAGCCACUAUCACCUGCACGAAGGUGGAAAUUCAUGUAUGAACCUUUACAUCAUGAUGUUCGGCUAGUUUCCAAAAAGAUUCCAGUGACAAAGUAUCUAAAUCUUCAGGUGGGCAUUGGUCACAGUUUUCAGUUGCAUGCUACUGGAUGGAAAUGGAAGCUCUCAACUGGUUUAGGUGGUGAUGGCAUUUCUCAGAUUCGAAACAAGACUUCACUUGGAUUGUUUCCAGGGUUCCUUUUGCGAUUUGGGUGGAGGGCUGAAUAUGUCCUUCCAGAAAUUCAAGGAGCUGUUGGCACUGGGGAACCACUGUUCAAUAUGAACUCAGGAAAGUUGCAAGCAUCGUUAGACAGGGUAGAAGCAAUUCUAACUCAUUCAGAUGAUAUUUUCUAAAAGAUAUCAGAUCUCUGAUGACCAAUGCAAUGUACAAAACUUUACACGGUACAAACCACGGAAGUUAACAGAGCUGUGGAAAGCAAAUUGUCAUUCUCAUGCGACAAUGAUGAACAGAAGGGAAAACUAUGUCCUCUGUUGUCCAAGCGGGUUUCUGCUAUGUUAGCUGCAGCGUAUGAGCCCAUACACCUGCUUUUGUUUUUGUUUGACUUGGUUGUAGGAAAGUAGGUUUAUGUAAAUGAGUUGGUCUUACUCUGCUCUUUUUACGUUUAAAACUUGCCUUGUGUCGAUGAAGGAAUAAGAGUAUAUGAAACAACUUUAAAGUUCUGAUAUAUUUCCUUCAAAUAAAUACAUAUUCGACAGGAC